AUGGAUGGACCUGGUUCCCCUGUAAAUCAGACCAUGUAUAGAGGGAUCAUAGGGUCACUCCUGUAUUUCAUUGCAAGCAGACCAAACAUUAUUUUCAGUGCGGGUCUCUGUGCAAUGUUUCAAUCCAAUCUAAAGGAAUCUCAUCUGAAGACUGCCAAGAGAAUACUGAGAUAUAUCAAAGGAACGCAGGACCUGGUCCUUUAUUAUCCCUCAGGUGACAACUUUGAUCUUAUUGGGUAUGCUGACGCAGAUUAUAUAGGAUAUCUGGUGGAAAGGAAAAACACUUCUGGAAUGGCACAUUUCCUGGGCUCCUGCUUAAUAUCAUGGGGUACAAAGAAGCAGAACUCUGUGGCACUCUCAACUGUAGAAGCGAAAUAUGUAGCAACUACCUCUUGA